AUGGAUAGUUCGCUAAUGGUGAAAUGCCAGAUUUUUCUUCAGUCAUCGGCUAGAGGGGGACGUCCAAAACAUACCAGAGAGAAUAGCCCUUAUAAUAAUUAUACUAUUGAUCAAAGUACGGGAAAGCUCAGCAAAGGAGUUUUCAAAGUGCCCGAUCUCUCCAGGGAUCGAGUUAAAAAUCUUUUAAAACAGAAGCAAUGUAGGAGUAGUCUCAGUUAUAACUCAAUGACCGAGUCUUGAUCUUUCCAAAAAUAUGACUGUUUCAGAGAAUCUCAAUGCUCUAGGAAAAUUUGAACAUUCAAGAGUGUGCACAAUUUAUCAAAUUCUAAAUCCAAACACUUAAAGGCCAGAAAUUCUUUAAGUCAGAAAAAAUUAACUCGGACAUUAAACCAGAACCCAUUUCAAAAUGAAAUUUUGAAGAAAGUUAUGCUAGCUCAGUCCCCAUUGACUAAGGAGAUGGUCUUACUAUAAACAAAAUGGCUGAUAGAAGUAAAUGAAGAGAAUCUGCUACUAAAACUUCAAGAAAGCCUAACUUAAAGUUAAAGAAAUCCUUAAAGAAUUUAUUAAAUCUCGCACUGAGAUAUCAUCAGAAAACAGAACAGCCUUCUAAACCUUCUGCAGUUAUCAGGCCUAGUCAUGUGAAAAUUAAGGAGAUAACUAGGAAGACUUAUAUUUUACCCUCUUCUAAUUCCUCAAGGCCUAGGGAAUUUGUUUCUCGAAACGAUUUCGUAAGCCUGAAGCCUUAUUGUACCUCUAAACCUCC